AUGGGCGCCAACUGGAGCUUCGAGCUGCAGGACAUCCUGAGCUGGCUGGCCGCCCCACACAACACGACAUCUGGUAUUGGCAGCCAUAUCCAGUACCAGCAGUUCUGGGACUGUGUACUUGGGGUCAGUGUGGGCAGCUGGACGCUCCGGCAGGCGGCGCUGUCCGAGCUGGUGGACGCGGUGGUGGCCGGCGCGGUGGUGGAGCUGGUGGUGGAGGAGCUGGGCUCCCGGCUGGCCGGCGUCCGCAGGAGGACGCGGCUCAGGCGCCGGCGGCGGCGCCGCGUCAAGCUCUGCAGGCGGUGCGGCGCGAUACACAAGACGGGCGCGUGCACGCGGCCUGAGCGGGCGGCGCCGGUGGCUGGGGAGCGGUGCGCCAUCUGCCUGGAGGCGGUGGGGGCGGCCGGGGGCGGCACUGGGGACGCCGUGGUGCUGCGGUGCGGCCACGCCUUCCACUACGGGUGCGUGGUGCCGUGGUGCCGCUGGCGGGGCUCGUGUCCGCUGUGCAGGCGCCGCCUCCAAGUGCCGGACUAG